AUGUAUGUGAAAUGGUUUGAUACAGUAAUGUUUUACUAUGUGAUUAUAGUGAUUUUAGUGAAUGUCACUUUUUGUCAUUUUCAAAUUUCCCUCUGUUCCGUCCCCGUACGUCCCGACGCUCGCAGGGGACGGAACCCAGAUGACAGAUGCCGGCAUCCGCCGGAGUACAUUACAGGGGACACUGCGGGAGCGCAGGACAAGGUAAGUGAUCGAGGGAUCUUGGAGCAACGCCGCAUGGUAAGCCCGAGUGUUGCUCGGGGUUACCGCUUGUGCUACACUCGGGAAUACCGCCAGGGAAGUUAAAGUAA